AUGGUAGAUACAUGUAUUAAGUUACUCUUGGUAACAUUAUGUCUACAAAUCAUCCCAUAUGAAUGUCAAAUUAAUGUUGUUACUAAAGAAGUUGGUAACAGUGCUUUGUCCAAUGAAUCAACAAAUACCUCAUCAAUUUCUAAUCCCGUGAAAUCAGUUUCACUUCAUUUUUGUCGUUCAGCAAGAGGGAUUAAUCAGUCUGAUCCGAACACUGUACCUAAGAACACAAGUGAUGUUAGAUGUAAUAUUCCAAUUGCACAUUUAACUCCAAAAGGUCAUGAGCUUAAGUCUAUAUCCAUUAAUUUUGACGCUAAAUGUUUACCGAAACCAAAUCCAUGUGAGUUAACUGAGUGUAAAUUAUAUUAA